GUGGACGCGAUGCAAGGAAGAGGUGGAGCAUUUGCGCUAUCUGAUGUAGCCUUUUGCUGUAGUUCUGCCGUGUUUCCUGGUGAACGUUCCCUUGACAAUAUUACUGUACAGUAACUGUAGAAAACAUAAACCACACAAAGCCUCAGCUCAUCCGUAGUACACGUCAAACGGUCACUGAAAUUUGAAGAAUGCCUCCUAAAAGAAAGGCAGCCUCAUCCACCAAAGCAAGGGGCAAAAAGGUGAAGGUGGAGCCCGAGGCUCCAGAAGAUGCCUUCAAGUCGGUUAAGGAGGCCCUAAAGGCCGCUCCAAAAGACAGGGCAAAGUGCAAGACAAAGAUCGAUGCUACUUGUGAAAUGAGCAGGGACUCUGCUGCCGAGAUUUAUGAAGAUUAUGACUGCAUGCUCAACCAGACCAACAUUGGAAACAACAACAACAAGUUUUAUAUCAUUCAACUAAUAAAGUCAGGGAAAAGAUUCUUCAACUGGAACCGAUGGGGCCGUGUGGGUGAAGUCGGUCAGUCGAAGCUUACGCCAUUUGUUGGAGUAUCUGAAGCAGUGAAGGACUUUGAGAAGAAGUUUAAAGACAAGACAAAGAACGAUUGGAACAAGAAGGACAAUUUCACGCCACACCCCGGGAAAUACACCCUGAUUGAAGUGGAGGGGGAAGAGGAGGCUGAGGUCAAGAUUGAUACUGUUGAUGGAGUUAAAAAGGAAGUGCUCCCUUGCACACUGGACAAACCCACCCAGGAGCUCAUCAACCUCAUCUUCAGCAAUGACAUGUUUAAUAAUGCCAUGGAGACAAUGAACCUGGAUAUUAAGAAGAUGCCACUGGGAAAGCUGAGCAAGGCACAGAUCGCCAAGGGGUUUGAGGCUUUAGAGGAGCUUGCAGAGUCCCUGAAGAAGAGGACUUCCAAGAAUAAGCUGGAAGAGCUCUCCUCAAAGUUCUACACCAUCAUCCCUCACAAUUUUGGGCGCAUGAGGCCCCCAGUUAUAGACACCCUGGAAAUAAUAGCAGCCAAAAAAGAGAUGCUUCUGGUUCUGGCGGAUAUUGAACUGGUUCAAAGUCUCCAGGCAGAAAAGGACAAAGUUAAGGUGGAGGAGAUUGAAGCGGUGCCUCACCCACUGGACCAGAACUAUCUGCUACUGAAAUGUAACCUUUCACUGAUGGCUAAAGCUUCCAAAACAUACAAGGUAAUACAAAAAUACCUUGAUGAAACUGGACCACUGGGGGGAAAACUCAAGCUUCUCAAUGUGUGGGAAGUUGACAGAGAAAAGGAGGGAGAACGCUUUCAAGCUCAUGAUGACCUAGACAACCGUCGUUUGCUGUGGCACGGAACAAACGUUGCUGUGGUAGCGGCGAUCCUGAAGAGCGGGCUCAGGAUCAUGCCACAUUCCGGGGGUCGUGUAGGAAAGGGAAUUUACUUGGCAUCGGAGAACAGCAAAUCUGCAUAUUAUGUUCGACCCUCUGCCAGUAAUACUGGGAUCAUGUUUCUUACUGAGGCUGCGCUUGGGAAGGAGUUCAGCAUUACAAAGGAUGAUUACACGCUGGAGGCGGCACCAGAAGGGUAUGACAGUGUGGUGGCACGGGGCAUGACAGAACCAGACCCUUCCAAGGAUACAGAGAUCAUUCUGGGUGGCAGGAAAGUGGUUGUUCCACAGGGGAAGCCUGUUCCUCAGCCGAAGUACAAAGACAGCUACUUCAGUCAGAGCGAGUACCUUGUCUACAAGGAGAGCCAAUGUCGGAUCCGGUACCUCCUGGAGUUGAAGUUUUGAGCAACCCUGUACUUCAUUUUCACCAUAGAUGAAUAGUAUGCAUAGCCUGUUCCUCUUAAAGGUUGAAUUAUCUUAUGACAGGGGCAAGUAUCCAAAAGGAAUUGUGUAAUCGUAUCACAAUAGUGAGUUUAAAACAUUGCUGUUAGAAUAACAAUUGCUCCCCUCUCCCAGGACAACAGCAAUGUAUCUAUGUUAUUGUAGAAUGGGUAUACAAACGACUUUUUCUGCUGUUCGUUAAUGAUAAGGCACUUUCUGCAGACCCCUUUUAUCUGCAUCCUAUUUUUAC